UAAGAAUGGCAUCGGCAGUUGCACCGAUUUUCGGUGUACUUGGUAGUUGUAUGGGAUGUAUGGUUUUUGUGGAGAACAUCGCAAAACAAGAGCCAUCUGCCAUGAACCUGAUGACAUUUUCUACAUUUCUCUUCAUCUCUACAGUAGGACUCGUCUCAACUUCCAAAUUCUUCACAGUUAAAAAUCAAAUUCCAUUAAAAGGUUAUUUCAAGACGGUUACCAUGUUCUUCAUUGUCAAUGUUGUCAAUAAUCAAGCUCUCAAUUUCCAUGUGCCUGUUCCACUUCAUAUCAUCUUCAGAUCGGGUUCUCUUCUUGCCACAUUGAUUCUCUCAGUUGUUAUGGUUGGUAAAAGUUAUUCUGCUCGGAAAUACAUUUCCGUAUUCGCUAUUACCAUCGGAAUUGUCAUUUGCACACUUGCCACGUCAACACAAGGAGAUUCGGGACUUUCGAUGGAAGAAGCAUCGAAACAUUAUAAGGAAUGGACGAUUGGAAUUAUUAUGCUCACUUUUGCUCUAUUGGCUUCAGCUGUUUUAGCAAUCUAUCAACAACAAAUGUACGAGAAGUAUGGGAAACAUCCAGAUGAAGCUAUGUUCAUUACUCAUUUGAUCUCACUUCCAUUCUUCCUCAUCAUGGGAAGCGACAUUGUGUCAGCGGCUACGAAACUUUCUGCCAGUGCUCCACAUUCUGUAUUCCCAUGGCUUCCAUCUCUCUGGGUUGAUUUGAUUGCAAGUUGUCUUCUUCAAUACGGAUGCAUCAAGUACGUCUAUCAACUGAACUCUCGUGUUGAUUCGCUCACCGUCACGCUGGUUGUUACUCUUCGGAAAUUCCUCUCACUUAUCGUUUCCAUUGUCUAUUUCAAGAAUCCAUUUACACCUCAACAUUGGCUUGGAGCCAUUCUUGUCUUUGCUGGAACUCUUGCAUUUGCUGAUAUUUGGGGAAGUCAAACUGCCAACAAGCAAGAUGAGAAGAAGAAACAGUAGAUAAUCACGUUCAAUGUACCAUGUUUCUCGACGCUUUCCAAAUCCCAAAGUUUCACUGAUCUGUCAUUUUUCCCCGAUUGCCGCUAGCUUUUAUAGUGCUCAUUUCUAUUGCAUCCUGAUUCAAGUAUUGUGAUAUUUUUUCCAAGUUUUUAUAAACUAUUUCAGAAACUUU